AUUCCAUUCUUUUCCCUUCAUCAUCACCUCCGACAAAGCAAAGAGCAAGUUUACUACUGACAGAUAUUUCUCAAAAACCCUGAUUUUUUUUCUCCUGGUAUAUUUUCCGAUCAGAUUAUUAUAAUGGGCAAUUACAUCUCCUGCACUUUCAUUUUCGUGCCUCCUUUGAUGACGAAGAACACCGCAAAGGCUGCGAGAGUCAUCUUCCCCACAGGUGAAGUGAAGCUGUUUAAAGAACCUGUGAGUGUAGCAGAGCUCAUGCUUGAGUGUCCCAAUCAUUUCUUGGCCAAUUCUCGUUCUCUGCAAAUCGCGCAUAGGUUUUCUCCUCUUGCUGCUGAUGACGACUUGGAGCUUGGCAACGUCUACGUCUUCUUCCAUAUGAGAAGAGCCAACACCGUUGUCACCGCUGCUGACAUGGCAGUGAUCUUUGUAGCCGAGAGCCUGAGGGUUAAGCGGUUGACUGGCGGCGGUGCGGCGAGGGCCUGGGUCCACUGUGGCGGUGAAAAUCAGUCGCAGCAAGAACUCGUGGUGGUGGAGAAGACUGUUCCAAGGUUGAGCUUGGACGGAGUUGACUUAGGGUUUCAGUAUAGGAUGAAGUGUUGUAGGUCAAGGAAGCCAAUGUUGGAAACUAUAAGGGAAGAACCAUUUUGUUCUAGAUGAACCAAUUGUUUCGCUACAACAGAUAGAUUUGGUGUAAUAAUGAUAAAGAAUUGUAAUGAAGUUAGCCAGCUUAUAGGUUUGAAUUUUUGUUUUCUUAUUUGUCAAAAGAAAGAGUAAAUUAAAUUUAGGGGC